GCCAGUGACCUUGAUGUCAACAGUUUUAAAACUCUUUAAAAAUCGAUUUUGUAAGCACCUUCUUCGUGUCAGUGAGGGACACACACGCGUCUUAGUCUCAGGCUCAGUAGUGACAUUCGAUAACGAGGUUGAAGGUUGUAUUUCCUCAUAGCUAAAAUGGAUGGCAAGGACAUAGAAUUGUUGGGGGGGUUCCAGCACAGAUUAUAUUUCAGCAGNNNUUUCCCAAUAAUUCAAGAUGGACGACAUCUGUCAGUGAGCUAAAGGGAAAACGAAGUGCGCGUUCCAAAAAAAAAAAAAAAAAAAGCUAAACCUAGCCAAAGCACUUUAGCUGGACCGGUGGUGGACACAACAGUCUUCAACAGUGUCAACGUCAACUUGAGGAGGCACAGCAAGUUAGAAGACAAGGAUUUUGUAUGUGACAGAUGAACAUGACGACAUGAGAGGGAGCAACUGACGACCCAUUGACCCAGAGAAAGUAAACAAUGUGAUUUUCUACCAUAUAUUUGCCAGCAGUUGUUUUGCAUUUGUUUGUGAUGACAUCUGCUUUUUAAAGCCAAAAGAGUGCUUUGCUGCAAUUCCAGGACGGGGUACUGAGAGGGAUGGACAACUGUGACCCAAAAGGAAAUGAUAGAGGAGACAUGAGAAAAGAGAGUGACGGCGAGAAAGAUAAACAGCUGAAGAAUCAGCUCAACUGCGAUGAAAAGCGACAGACGGAGAUAAAUGGAAAUGUAAAGGAAAUGAGGAGGGGAAGCCGAACCCUUAGGGCUCUUUGGCCGAGUGGAUGUACGCUGAGUAAAAGACUCGCAAUUAAUGUCUCAGGGAUGCGUUACGAAACCCAGCUACGUACACUAGCCCAGUUCCCCGACUCGAUGCUUGGUGACCCCAGACGGCGGUCACGUUAUUUCGACCCUCUGAAAAAUGAACUGUUCCUGGACCGAAAUCGUGCUUGUUUUGAUGCCAUCCUUUAUUUUUACCAGUCUGGCGGGAGGCUUCGAAGGCCGGCCAACAUACCCCUGGACGUCUUCAUGGAUGAGUUGAUGUUUUACGAGCUCGGUGAGGAGAUCGUGAACCGCUUCAUGGAGGAUGAAGGUUUUCCAAAAGAGGAAGAGAGUCCGCUACCUUCCAGAGGGGUCCAACGAAGACUCUGGAUGCUCUUUGAGCAUCCGGAGUCGUCAUCAGGCGCACGUAUCAUAGCCAUCAUCAGUGUCAUGGUUGUUGUGGUGUCCAUUCUUAUCUUUUGCCUGGAGACACUGCCUGACUUCAGGAAUGAGAAGGAGAUGCGAGAGGAAUAUUUUUACAAGUAUCACUCCCAGCCGAAGAAUGUGUCUGAGAAAAUGCCACCCCCACAGAGCGUUUUUAGUGACCCUUUUUUUAUAGUGGAGACCAUAUGCAUAUGUUGGUUCUCCUUUGAACUCCUUAUGCGAUUUGCAAGCUGCCCUAGUAAGACACUCUUUUUCAAGGACGUCAUGAACAUCAUCGAUUUCAUGGCCAUUCUGCCCUAUUUUGUCACUUUGGGAACAGAGUUGGCCAAGGACCACGAAACUAGUCCUACCACAUCCCUGGCCAUCAUUCGGGUCAUCAGGUUAGUGAGGGUGUUCCGGAUCUUCAAGUUGUCCCGUCACUCUAAAGGCCUCCAGAUCCUUGGUCAGACGCUGAGGGCCAGCAUGAGAGAGCUGGGCUUGCUUAUCUUCUUUCUCUUUAUUGGUGUCAUUCUUUUUUCUAGUGCCAUCUACUUUGCCGAGGCUGACCACAACAACACCGCAUUUGUCAGUAUACCACACGCUUUCUGGUGGGCAGUGGUCACCAUGACCACAGUCGGUUACGGUGAUAUGUACCCAGAAACGGUGUGGGGUAAGCUAGUAGGGUCCAUGUGCGCCAUUGCUGGUGUGCUAACAAUUUCACUGCCGGUGCCUGUCAUAGUGUCCAACUUCAGCUACUUUUACCAUAGAGAGACUGAAUGCGUGGAUAAAACCAUGUACAACCAGGCGAAGACGCCACUGGAUGAGGAUGAGCAGGCUGAGGAAGAAAACAUAGGAAUGGAAGGCAGGGACUCAGAUGGAGAAUUCGUUGCCAUCGAAAACACAUGUUAUCCCCUUGAUGGGAACUUGUGGGUGAGAGAGGCGCUUGUCACUCAGGUUUAGAGUGUUGAAAGUGUUCUUUUUUUUUUUUGGAAUGAUUCUUUAUUUUGUUUUAUAACGCAAUGUCGUAACACACAGCAUACCUUUAAUGACAUUCUUUACAUAAACUGGAAACACGGAAACACGGAAACGUAAUGGACUGUUGACAUGUGCAGUACGUGGCAGGUCAGUUACGCCGCUCAAUCACUUAAAGUGGGCAUUACAAGGUUUUGUAAAUAUCGAUAUAAAAAAAUAAUCUGCAAAUAAGAAAAUAAAAUAAAAACAUAAUAGGCACCAAUUAGGUACGGACGAUAGAGGCACAAAUUUGCGGUAAGAUUCGAUACCUUUGGUGUCACAGUUUGAUACUUUAUUUCGAUACAACAAGAGAAAUGUUCAUGCCUUUUUUUAAACGUUAAAGUUCUUAGCAGCAGAGCGCAUAUUAAAAAAGAAAUAGCGCACGUAAUAAACAAAAGCUACUGUAGCUUAUUCAGUAAUAAUAGAAAUAUUAAAACAAAAUCCUCAAUGAACGGCACCCGUCUUUAAUAAAGAACAGACUUUUCUUUAAGGUCUUAAAGAUUCUUUAAGGCGUCUGGCAUACAACCUUAA